AUGCUGCCGCUCUGCGGGAUGUUCAGUCUUUCCGGAAGAUAUCGUCGAGAACGAGUGUAUCGCUUUGACGGAUCGACCGUGCUUGUUAUCAAAACCGAUCUCACGUACACAGUUACACUCCAGACGUUCUGUACUCUCCUAUCCGGCAACCGGCGAGACGCUGCCGUGAGCCAGCCGCUCUUGCGGCAGCCGCCAGCGGAGGCCGAGCGCGUCGCGUAUCGAUCGAGCUCGCGAUCCGGGCCGUGGAGCCCACGAGGAAGACUUCGUCUGCUGGGACGGAGUCCCGACGCUCGCUGCGUCCGCCGGAACUGGAAUUUCAGGAUGAGGUCCGCCAAAGCAAAAAUAAAAUAA